UUGUGACCAAUACAUAUACAAAUGUUAGGUUAGAAUUACAAUUAGUUUCCGUUAAUUAAAAUUUUAAGUUUAUUAAACGUUAAAUAAUGAUAUUAAGAAUAAUUCCACCCUUAACGCGAUGUCGUCGAGCGACAUUGUUACAGUACUCUCAAAUAGUGACUUACCAAUUAUGUAAGAGACAAAAGACAGAUAAAAGUGUCACAACUACCUCCAGAACGGAACUAGAUACAAAUGUAAAACCUAUCGGCGAGAAAGUAAAGGAAACAACAAAGACAGCUUCCUAUUUAGGCAUUAUUUUAUUAGGUGUGGGAGUUACGGGUGCUUUAUUUUAUGCCGUUUUUAGUGAACUAUUUUCGAGUAAAAGUCCCAAUAAUAUUUAUACGAAAGCUGCGAAAUUGUGUAUAAACGAUAGUAGAGUUCAAAUUGCCUUGGGUGAACCCAUUACAGUUUACGGUGAAGAGAACAGAAGACGGAGACGGCAACAUGUUAGUCAUGUAACUUACGAGAAAAAUGGUAAAAAGCAUCUACGUAUGCAGUUUCACUUGAAGGGUAGUGUUAGAAAAGGGAAAGUUCAAUUGGAAAUGCAAGAGAAUGAUGCCGGCAAGUAUGAAUACCGUUACUUAUUUGUUGAAGUUGAGGAUUUGCUUCAUUCGACAAUUGUUUUAGAAGACAAUAGGAGUCAAGAUGCGACGCUUCCAUCUUUUGUCUAAUUUGUGUUGCAAUCUUUAUUGUUUGUUUGUAAAGUUUGAUUGUAGUCUUACCUUUAUAAAUGAUUGUACAAAAGAUCCAUACUCGGUCUAAUAAAAAUAAAAGAAAGGCUGAAAUACUAACACACAAA